UAGUCGCUCCACACACAGCUGGAUGCUGUCCGGCCUUUUAAAAGGGGAUUUAUGUGGAGCUUACUUUAGAAUGACUACAGAGAACUGCACAAUAAACAAGACCUUUUUAGGGCUGUAAACGCAGCUCAAUUAAAUUAGGAAAUAAUUACAAAAUAUUUAUUUUAAAAGGUGAUCAUUUUUCCACCUUUGGCUUUUAGAUUUUUUUUGGACACCCUUGUUAAUUGUUCACAAGGGAUAUCUGACAAGCAUCACUUUCAGGCACAGAUAGGUGAAACAGCACAAAUGUGACAUAUUUGUCCCAUUCCAGCGUAAAGAGGUAAACGAUGCCAUCUGAAGCCUAGUGCGGAUAGCCACAUAGACUACACCGACAUCCUGUUUAAGACAGAAUGAGUCUCUCAGCACACAACAGGGCUUGGCACUAACAGACACGCUGUCACACACAGGAGUGCAGAACCUCUCUCCGUUUUUGGCACUCCCCCUCCUCCUCCCAGCAUCUCUAAUAAGACACAUGCUCCUGGGCUGGGCUGUUCACUCACACCAGCCUCUCCUGGCUUUACAGUCCUGCAUGGCUUCAUGGGUGGAAGAGCUGCACACUUUCUACUCACACAUUCAUCAUCUCACCAUCUAUCUCCAUACCUGAGCCCAGUGCUGUACCCCCAAUUCUGUCUCAGCCUUAUACUCUGCGUUAUGGCUUGUGCCCUGGGUGUGUUUGGUUUUGCAGCUGUAUUACUCUCUGGCCAAGGAAGGGGAGUCCACAGUUGGCAGUAAUCAGCACCACCUGGCUCAUCGUGGUAAAAGGGGACACCUUGCCACAUCUGUCCACCUGCAGGGGGAGUGCCAGCACUGCUGGGCAGCAGGGACUAUGCAGCUGGGACUGUUGGCACUGGUGGUGGUCUUCCUCAGCUCUAUGGGGUACAGCGACAGCAUUAAGACCCCCAGUGGAAGGAGGCAGCGACACACAGCAAGUACUGAAGUGCCAGCAUCAUGCUCCAGUGGCUGUGAAACCUGCUCUGAAUACAACGGAUGCACAAAAUGUCGACCACGACUUUUCAUACUUUUGGAAAGAAAUGACAUCCGUCAGACAGGAGUGUGCCUUGCCACUUGUCCUGUUGGAUAUUAUGGCAUUCGAAAUCGGGAUGUGAACAGAUGCACACAAUGCAAAAUAGAAAACUGUGCUGACUGCUUCAGUCGAACAUUUUGUGCUAAAUGUAAGGAGGGCUUAUAUUCAUACAGUGGCCGGUGUUACCACAGCUGCCCAGAAGGAUUAAUCACUGUCAACAGCAGCAUGGAGUGUGUCGUGCGAUGUGAGCUGGGUGAAUGGAGUCCAUGGGGCCCUUGCAUGAAGAAAAACAAAACAUGUGGUUUUAAAAAGGGCAACCAAAGCCGUAGGAGAGAGCCUACACAGCCCCCUAGUCCGGCCACGAUCAGUGGGUCUACAUCUCUUUCUACCUGCGCUCCUGAGACUGAGACCCAGAAAUGUAGCGUGCCGAAAAGGAUCACCUGUGGAAAAGGAGACAAAGGGACAACUCCUAAGAACCAAGGAACAUUAAAUGGCAAAAACCGUGGUCGGGACUCAAAGGAAAAUAAUAAAGGGGGAGGCAAGAGGAGAAAGACCCAAAGUCCAGCUACUACUGCUCCAUCAGUGAUAACAAGCACCAUCACUUGAUCUUCCAGUGGUAUAUGGUGGGCUUAGAGAUGGAAAGAAAAAUGUCCACCCUGAAAGGCUGCUGAGUGUUACUUAAUUGUGACACUAUCAGACUGAUGUUGAAAAGGAAAAAUAAUGCUGCUGCACAUUCAUGAAAAUGCUCAAAGGGAACUGGAGGAUUGCUGCAAUAAGUAAUAAAGUGUGUACUGUUUAUGUUAGACAUAAGGAAAAUAUGUUUUUUCUCGUGCAUUUGGAAGCACUUUGAAAGACUGCCUUAUGAAGGAUCCUUAUUUUGCAAAAAGUGUUUUGUGAGUGAAAUUCUUUCUAUGUCCCGCUUUUAUAUUUGACAAAAGAUUUCUAUACCAGCAUUAUGAAAGACACUUCAAAUGACAUCCUACUACCAUAAGAUGCCCAUUUACAACACAUUACUAACACAUUAGUUGCGCUUUUCCAAAUCUUAGAUUGAUUCAUUUUCUUGUGUCGGCUCUACUUUUAUUUUGUGAAAAGUACCAGACAAAAGCAGGAAUUGAUAUAUUUACUCUCUUUAUAUUUCUGUUUUUAUAAUGAAAUCAAAGCAAAUCACUGGAAAUAAUUUCUGCUAUUAUUGUAUUUUUUUCUUUAAAAAAAAAAAAAAAAACAUUUUGGACAAAAUGCAAAAAAAAAAAAAAAAAAAUCAAACAUAGUAUGUCUAAAUGUAGGACAAACCUAAUCAUUGUUUGGUUUCUUAGACAAAGAUUUUCAUUUUUCACUUUUAGCUGUCUAUGUAUAACAGAAGGCUGAUCAAAGAGAACAAUAAUCCACAAAAAUAGAGUAAUGAAUGUAUAUUUGAUUUGGCUGGGAGCAGUGAGCUGUGUGUGUUCAGACUGAAAAAUGGAUAAACACUAUGAGAAUGAUCAGAAGUGGUUGUGAGGAAUUGCAUCUUACAUGCACCUGUUUCGAGGCGAGUGUGUGUGUGUGUGUGUGUGUGUGUGUGUGUGUGUGUGUGUGUGUAUAAGUUUGUUUUUGUGCAUGCAUGUGUAUGAGUGUAAAGAGAGAGAGGGGGGGAGAGUCAGAUAGUCAGACAGAUAGACAGCAAGCAACAGGAACAUUGUACAAGCACAAUAUUUCACUAUCCUUUACACACAAUACAGCAAUCUACAUACCAUUUGUGUCAUAAGAUAUUAUACAUAUCUUUGCAACAGGUUUAGUAUAUACAGCAAAUAAUCCAUAUAGUUCAGAAAUAUACAGCUCUAUAGGAGAAGGCAACGCUAUUGCACAUAAGUGAUGCAUUUCUACUUACACUGACAGUUUUUGUAGCAAAGUUUGACACAAAAAUACUCGCUUCUUCAGUAGAUGUUGAGAAUGGACAUUCCGAAUGUGGUGUCUUACUGAAAUUGUCUACUUCAAUGUAUGUUGAUUAUGACUGCUUAAUACAAUAUUAAUACAAUAUACCUUAUGUUAUUGUAUAUCUUCUUAUAAUAUAUAUCUUAAAAUUCCUUCAUAAAAUAAAAUAUAAUUAUUACAUUUUGCAA